AUGCUCACCAAAGUUGCCAACCAUCUGAUCCAGCACACCUCCCGUGUUGUCGCCGCCGUUCAGAAUCAGUCGAGCCAUGCCCUCAAGAACGCGCUCCAGGGACCCUCGACGUCGGGCGGCUUAGGCGGCUGGAACGGCGCGGGCUCGUCCAGCUACGGUGGCGGCGCUGGCGCUGGCCCCGGGGGUGCCAAAUAUCACUCCAGCAGUCGAUUUUAUCAUGGCUACACCGGCGCCGGGAGGGCGAUCACACAAGCGAACACCUCGUCUGCGCAGGACGGACAGUUCGACGAUGAAGAAUCUCAACCCAAGCUCGUGUCUUUGCGCUCAUCGCGUGGUCGAAGUUCGAGCGUCGUGACUCGCUCGAAGCUCGGUGUGCUCAAGGCCGUCCAGCUGCACAUUCAAUCCCAGAAGACCUUCUCCUCUGUCCUUCAACAGCACCGGUCCAACUCCACGGCCGCCACCGCCACCGACGUACCUCAUGAAGCUCUUGAACCGCCGCCAAAACCGCCGCCAGAGCGCGUCGUAUCUACUGACCCCGCGGCCCCGCAAACGGUCAAUGCCCCGGACCUUCACCACACACACACCGAGGACCCGUCCGACGUCGCCCUCCGUGCAGCAUUCUCGGACGCCGUUGCUGCUAAGGACGGCGCGAAGGUCCUCUCCCUGGUUGCUACUUUACGCUCGCCCGCCCACGCCUCCUCCUCCGUGCAGACUUACAACACCGCUUUCUCCGCACUCAACGAGACGCGCAAAAUUGGCUCGCCCAUCAACGUCAUCCUCGAGCUCUACAAUGACAUGGUCGCCCGCUCCGUCCUCCCCUCUCCCCACACCUACACACUGCUCAUAUAUGCCCUCACCUCUCGCGACAUGGAGCUUCAACGAGCGAUGACCCUGAUCAAGUACAAGCACGGCCGGCGACAGAUAUCGAACGGGUGGCAGGAGGUGCCUCUGGAGGACCCGGACGCCUCUCGCCUUGCGCGGUACGAAGCUGAGAGCGCAUCGAGCUUCAGUUCCGCCAUGGCCCUGUUCACGAGCCUCACUUCCGUCAGCUCUCAGUGGCGUAUCAACUUCAGUCUCUUCGUCAGCCUCCUACGCUGCGCCGCCCACCACGCGAACAUCGAUGCCGCCAUCCAGAUUUUUGCUCAGCUCGAGCGCCAGAAGGACACACUCCCCCCACCGACGGUUUACCUGCAUAUGAUGGCCGCAUUCGUCAACGCGAACGACUUCUCCGGCGCGCAGCAAAUUUUUGCUGAGUUCCUGCAAGCGUCCCGCGAAAGGCGUGUGAACUGGCCCCAGUCCGGUCCAGCUAGCUCUGGGAACGCGUACGAUGCGCUCUCCGACGAGAAGCGCGCCGGGUAUGCGCGCAUGGGGCAGAUCCUGAUGUGGAACAAGAUGAUCGAGGCUCACAUGCGCGCGGGGAACGAUGAAGCCGCGGUUGGACUGCUGGAGGAGAUGAUGGACUCUCCCGCCGAGCCCAUGUUCGGCGAGACCGACGUCCCGCCGGCUGCCUCGUCCACGUUCACUACGGUCAUCACCGGUUUCUGCCGCUCCGGGGACGUCACGACGGCGCUUACGUGGUUCAACCGUCUUCUGGAGCACAAAAAUGCACCAUUGCAGCACCCGUUCGCGUCAAGUCGUGACGUUGUUCGUCCGGAUUCGGUUGCGUGGAAUGUCAUGAUGGAGCAUCUCUCCAAGGCGGGCAUGGUCGAUGAUUUCAACCGGUUAUACGUCAAGAUGAAGGAGUUGCGGAAUCAGGACGGCCUCGACGCUCCCGACACAGUCCUCGCCAUCCACACCAACCUCCGCUCUAUCGACUCCAACCCGGACAUAUCCGAUGCGGACGCCGUCAAGCGGCUAGACUUCAUCAAGGAUCACUGCCUCCCCGACGACGAACUGGCGGCGGAGUUCGAUCAUCUCUACAUCGGACAGCGCAUCGUACAGCUCUAUGUCAAGCAUCAUGCUGCUGCCCGGGGCGCCGACAUCAUGGAGUACUUCGCCGAGCAGUACAAGCGGUUCCUCCCCAACGUGCAGAAAACGAAGGGACCCAAGAAUAAGCACGAGGAUCGGGCCCACGGGGUCCGCGGUUUCCUCGACAAGGUCGCUGCUAUUCUUCUUGGUCGCUCCACCAACCCGCCCACUUCCGUCCCGCUCCCUCUUGCCCUGCGCGUCGGCCGACUCUGCCGCGAAUUCGGCCAAGUGCCAACUAUCACCUCUGCCGCAUUCUAUUUGGAACCGUACUACCAAGCGAAGCGGAACGGCGAGUCCAUCGUGCUCGAGCCGAAGGAUUGGGAAACGCUGGCUUUGAGCGUGUCUAUACUCGAUCUUCCGACGAAGGAGGACAAAGUGGUUAGCACACCUCCCAACUUCAUCAACGCGGGAUCCGCUGCUUUCCUGAACGACCUGAAAACGUUCGGCGUACCUCUGGACAAUCUUGCUCCGUACGUUGUUACGAAGCUCAUUCAAGCGGUCUACAUCAAACAGGGCGCCGAGAAGCUGCAGGCGCUCUUUACGCACCUUGGUCGCGAAUAUGAGCAGCAUCUCGACAUGAGCCAGAUCCGGCAGUUCUCCUCGCCUGUGUUGACAAAGACACCGGCGGAGGACCCUGCGCUCGCGCGCCCGGUGACCCCAGGAGACCACGUUCGCGUGGACAAGGAGCAAGACAAGUUCGUCAGCGAGUGGACUAUGCCCGGUUCCUCUACAUCGCCAAACACCGCGUACGCCCGAUUCGAGGUCGGCGCGAAGGCUGGGGUGUAUCCCACUAUCGAGACGAUUGGGCGCCUCAUCAACGGCUUGGGCCGCGUGGGCGAAGUCGCGAAGGUGCAGGAACUUUACGACGCGGCGCAGUUGCUCAUGAGCGCCCUGAACCACGGCCAGCGAAACUACCUCCAGAGGGUAUGGUUCACUAUCGAGGAUCAGAUGGUCAUCGCCCUUGCGCACGCGGGUCAGGCUGAACAAGCGCACACACACCGGACUCGCGUCAUCGAGCAGGGCGGCGCGCCCUCCGCCGACGCGUACGGCGCGCUUAUCCAGUGCGUCAAGGACACCACGGACGACACCGCCAACGCGAUGGCGCUCUUUGACGAGGCGCAGGCGCGCGGUGUGCAACCGAACGUGUACCUCUACAACACCAUCAUUUCCAAACUAGCCAAGGCGCGCAAAGCUGACCAUGCCAUCGAGCUCUUCCAGCAGAUGAAGGCGAACAACAUUCGGCCAACGUCGGUCACAUAUGGCGCAAUCAUCUCUGCAUGCUGCCGCGUCGGCGACGCGCACUCCGCAGAGCUCCUCUUCCAGGAGAUGGCGAGCCAACCGAACUUCAAGCCCAGGGUGCCGCCGUUCAACACCAUGAUGCAGCUCUACACGCAGAUCAAGCCUGACCGCAGCCAAGUCCUUCGAUAUUAUGACGUUUUGCGUGCAGCUGGGGUACGCCCAUCCGCGCACACGUACAAGGCGAGUCCGAUGCUCCUCCUUCUCGACGCUUACGGGACGAUUGAACCGGUGGACCCGCAGGCGAUGGAGAAAUUGCUCGAAGAGAUCAUCAAGGACCCGCACGUGCAAGUGCAAGGUACUCACUGGGCGUCGCUCAUCCAUUCCUACGGUUGCGUGCAGAAGAACCUUGACAAGGCUAUCGAGAUCUUCGAGUCACUUUCCAGCCAUCCUGCCAACCAAGACGUUCAGAUGCCCGACUCGUUGGUCUUCGAGGCGCUCAUCAAUGUCUUCGUUACGCUCCGGCGGCCUGAUCUCAUUCCUGGUUACGUGGAGAGGCUGAAGGAGUUUGGUUUGCAUAUGACCGCAUACAUCGCGAACCUCCUCAUUAAGGGCUACGCCGCCGCCGGACAACUCGACGAAUCGCGUCGUAUCUUUGAGUCGUUGGUCGACCCGCCGAUGGGUAUAGCCGCUCCCAAUAAUCACGCCCCCCACGAAGGUGCCCUCGCCGACGCUGUCCCUGCGAACGCGCCGCCUUCGACAUGGGAAGCAAUGAUUCGCGCUGAACUCGGCGCUGGCAAUCGUGAACAGGCUUUAGGCUUGCUCGAUCGAUUACAAGCUAGGCAAUAUCCUCAGGCUGUCUUCAACCGGAUAAGUGGUAUAAUGUUGGAGGACUCCGUAUCUCCUUGGCCCGCUUCACCGUCCGAACCGAACACCUUGUUCGGAUCCUGA